AUGUUCAAAUUACGGACGAAACUGCCCUUUCCGCGAACCAUCCGUAGGACACGCUGCUGGACACCGACAGCCACGAUAUCGAGCAGCAGUCUCAGACGCGCUGGAAGCCAACUCCACGAUGGGGAUCUGCGCAGCGUCCGACCCAUGUUUGACCUGAAAGACCGCAACUACAUCAUCACAGGAGGGGGAAGAGGCAUCGGGUAUGCUAUCACUCGAGCCAUUGCAGAAAUGGGAGGGAACGUGGCUGUGCUCGACAUCCUCGACACACCGGUCAAGGAUUUCGGAACCCUGGAAGGCGACCUCGGGGUCAAAGCGAGGUAUUUCCACGCCGACGUGACCAAUGAACAUUCCUUGACGCAGGGCUUUGAACAAUCUAUUGCCGAGUUUGGCUCUCUGGACGGCUGCGUGACGGCGGCCGGCAUUGCACUGGACAAACCAUUUGUGGAGCAAACGUGGAAGGAGGUUUCCAGAGUCCAAGAUGUCAAUGUUACUGGUACAUUUUUUGCAGCCCAACUGGCCACAAAGCAGAUGGAGAAACAAGGCACCGGUGGAAGCCUUGUCCUCAUUGCAUCUGUCUGCGCGCACUGCGCUAUCCCCGGGCACCGCCUCUCUGGAUACCACGCCUCCAAAGGCGCAGUCAAGAUGUUGAGCACGGCGCUCAGCGUCGAAUUGGCCCCGCAAGGAAUUCGGUGUAACACCAUUUCGCCUGGUUAUAUUGAAUCUGAAAUGACCAAGUCGCUGCGAGAACAACAUCCUCAUUUGGUCCGGUUGAUGCACACUGCGCCUCCCUUGAAGAGGAUCGGGAAUCGCAACGAUUUGACUGGGGCAGCCAUAUACUUGCUGAGUGAUGCCGCUGCAUACACUACCGGCGCCGACAUUGCCAUUACCGGCGGCCUCCAUGCUGGUCGAAUAGAAGCAUGA